AUGAAUAUAUCAAAUAUUUCUGAACAAUCUGAGCAAGGAAGCUUAAAUAAUAGUAACGUUAGUAUUUCUGAAAAUAAAAAUAAUUUAUUUAUAAUAAAUGAUAAUGGAAGCUUUAUUGAUGAUAAUAAUAUUGUAGAAGAUGAUUGUAUAACUCCGAAAGAUGAUGAUGAAAAUAUGAAUUCUAAAAAAAAAAAAAAAAAUGAUACUAUAAAUGAAGAUAAAAAUAAAAAUAAAAAUAAUAAUACAAUAAAUGGAAGGACUGUUCCACAUUAUGAUUCAAAUGCUACUACCCGAAAUGUAAUAACAAAUUUUAUUUCUAAUAGACAACAUUUUAAUGAACAUAACAAUAGCAUAACUAACCCUUUUAAAAAUUCGAAUAACGUUAUGGUUGAUUCUAAUAACGUUAUGGUUGAUUCUAAUAACGUUGUGGUUGAUUCUAAUAACGUUGUGGUUGAUUCUAAUAACAUGAUGGUUGAUUCGAAUAACGUUAAUAAUUAUGAAAAUCUUAUAAGAAGUGAAAAUGGUUCAUCACAUAUUAAAAUGAUUCCUUCCAAUGUUCCACAAACAAAUCAAUAUAAUAUAAAUGUUAUCUCGGAUCCAAUAAAUUGCUCCGUAAUAUCUAAUAUGAAUCUAGCACUUACCCCAAUUCAAGAGAUUAAUGAAUAUAAUCUAAUUAGAGAAAACCAAUUAUCAGAAUUAAACAUUUCAGAUAACAUCCACCAACACAUCCCAACAAAUAAUUAUGAUAUAAAUAAAUUUACUCGAAUUCAAAACCACUACACUGAAAAUGGUCAACAAACUGAUCAGCAGAGUUGCCAACAAAACUGCCAGCAAAACGAUCUUCCAAAUUUCCAGCAAAAUUUCCAGCAAAAUUUCCAGCAAAAUUGCCAACAAAAUUUCCAGCAAAAUUUCCAGCAAAAUUGCCAACAAAAUUUCCAGCAAAAUUGCCAACAAAAUUUCCAACAAAAUUUCCAACAAAACGAAACACCAAAUCAAAGCAAUACCCCAAAUAGUAGCGAAACUGGAAAUGACAGUAGCAACAGAAAUAGAGAUACAUACGAUAAUUAUAAUAAUGAAAACCAUGAAAACCAUGAAAACCAUGAAAACCAUGAAAAUUAUAAUAAUGGUAACUAUAAUAAUGGCAAUUAUAAUAAUGGCAAUAGAGACAAUCGAGACAAUCAUGAAAAUAAUCGAGGCAGAAAUGAUAGAAGUAGUAAUGAUGAUAAUGAAAAUGAAAAUGAAAACGAUUUUAGCGAAGAAAUUGAAAAUGAAAAUGAAACAGAUAUUAAAAUGAAUCAAUCAAAUGUGCUAGCUAAUAAUAAUACAUCUGGAAUUAAUAUUGUAGAUAAUUUAACACAACAUUUACAAAAGGAAUUAACAUGCCCUAUAUGUUUAGAUUAUUUUUAUUUACCAGUAACAAUGAAUUGUGGUCAUACAUUUUGUAGAUAUUGUAUAGGACAUAAUAAAUUAAAUGGAAAAAACUGUCCAUUAUGUAGGCAACCUUUAGGUCAUUCAUCAUGCAUAAAUACAAUAUUAUCUAAUAUAGUUCGAAUAUAUAAUUUAAGACGAAAAUCAUUAAAAAUAUAUAAAUCGAUUGAAACUGUAAAUACAGUAGAUGAUGUUUGGUGGAAUGAAAAUUUUAUAAAAUCUCAAGUAAGCGUAUCUUUAUUUUUAAGAAUAUUUUUACAUGAUAUGAUAUCACCUCCAAUUUUUUUUGAUGAUUUAUCAUCAUGUAUAAUAGAUUUCUUUACUGUUAAUAAUUUAUGGUCAAAAGCAAAAUAUGUAUUUAACAUAAAUGAUUGUAAAACCUUUAGUGAAUUAGUUGGGUAUGAUAAAAAUAAUAAAGAAUUAACAAACGAAAGAUUACAUGCUUGGGUUGAAAGAUAUAUAACACAAAAUCCAUCAAUGUGUAUGAGAAAAGAUGAAAAAAUAAUUUUAAAAUUAUAUCAAGAUAGAACCCAUAGAAUCGAUAGUCAUAUAUUUGAUUCAUCAGUUUUACCAAAUAGACUUCCAUGGGAUGGUGGUAGACAUGCAAAAAGUUUAAUUCAUAUGCCUCAUUCUUCUGUUUCUUUAUCACAUUUAUUAUUUGUUAAGGUAGAUAAUAAUAAUAUCGGAGUUGUAGAUUGUGGAUCAACUAUUGGAACCAUGAUUAAAGUGAAUAACUAUCAUGUAUUGAGAGAAGGUGAUAUAAUACAUAUUGGUGAUAGAUUAGAAGUAACAGUUUCUAUAGAUAAUAAUACUGCUGGUAUGCCAUAUAAAGGAUAUGUUUGGAAUAAAAAUUCAAAUAAAGUUUUAGAUAGACAUGAACUUAAUGAAUUAAUUAAAUCUGAAUCAUCUACAUCUAUAGAUGCAGGAAUUGUAUCUACAGAUCCUGUUACUGGAAAAAUCAUAGAUUCAACUAACAUUAAUCAAAUAAAUUUAAAUAACAAUUCUGAUAUUAACAUUUUAGAAGAUAAUAAUAAUACAUUACUUAAUUAUUGUGAAAAUAUCGAAUCAAACUUAUUAAUUAAAUUCGAUUUUGGAACAAUAAAAGAAGAAAUUACAUUAAAAACUGAAUACAUAGAUCCUAAAGGAGUUGUAUUAGGUCGUGGUCCAUAUGCUCAAUCUAGUUAUAAAAAAAUAUCAGUUACAAAUUCAAAUGGUUAUGUAUCUAGAGAACAUUGUUUAAUUUAUUAUGAUGGUUCUAAACCACCUGGUGAAAGAUGGCUUUUAAGAGAUACAAGUACAUUAGGAACUUUUUUAAAAAUAAAACCUUUUUCAGAACCCGUUCCAUUACCAAUAGGUUCUAUAUUUAAAGCAGGUCAAUGUAAAAUAGAAGUAUGUUCUCAUGAUACUAUACAAUUUGCACAAUAUCCUGAACGAUCUAUAUCAUUACAUAAUACAAACAAUCAACCAAAUACAGAUAAUUUUAACAAUAAUAAUAAUUCAGCAGAUAAUAGAAACAUUGAUAAUGAUCUAAAUAAUUCUAGAAACAAUAGUUCUGGAAAUAGUGGGAAUAAUAGUAAUGGCCCAAAUUCACGUAAUUAUAGAAACAAUCAAAAUCAAUAUUAUAAUCAAAUAGAAUCAGAUUUAAACAUACCUAUAAAUAAUAAUUUAAUCAAUUCUGAAACAAGUGCAAAUAGUGAAACAAGUACACACAGUAAUGUUGAAAAUGGUCAAAGAGCAGAAGCAGGAGCAGAAGCAGAAGCAGGAGCAGGAGCAGGAGCAGAAGCAGAAGCAGGAGCAGGAGUAGAAGCAGAAGCAGGAGCAGGAGUAGAAGCAGAAGCAGAAGCAGGAGUAGGAGCAGAAGCAGGAGUAGGAGCAGAAGCAGGAGCAGGAGUAGGAGUAGGGGUAGGAGUAGGAGGAUGUUAUAAUUUUAAUUUUCAUUUUGAACAAAAUACAAAUGAAAUAUCUGAACCCUUAAAUGACAAUGCAUACUAUAGUAGUAAUACGAAUCAAUAUAAUUACAAUAGUGAGAUUGUACAAAGUUUUAUUCAAAAUAAUAGCCAACUUGCAAAUCAUGAAAAUAAUUUUAUUUCUAGAAACAUUAUUAACUCUAAUUCAGAACCUCAACAUACUAAUAGAGAUACAUAUUUUUAUAAUUAUUUAAGACAUCAUGAAAGAAAUCUUACAAAUAUCAAUGAUCUUAAUUGUGUUAAUACAAUCACUAAUGCAAACCCAUAUUUAACACGUUAUAAUCGUGGAGAUGUUAGAAAUUGUAUUCCCUAUACUAUGAAUCAAUGUGAGUAUAGAGAAAAUUCUAACAAUUAUUAUUCCAAUAUUAAUGAUAUAAAAGAUGAAAAUAUUGGAGAGGAAAUAUACUAUGAAUCAGAAAUUAGCAGACAAAAUUUAAGUAUACCCAACUUUUCCCAAAAUCAAAGUGGUGGGGGUGAUAACUGGGAUUUUAGGUAUCAAUACAUGCAUUUUUAA